CAGGAAGUGAGUCAGAAGCACAUUUACUCUGACACACGCUCAGUUUCAACACCUGUUGGGCUCUUCGCCUUCUCUUUUCUUUUCAAACAAACGUUAGUGUGAGUUUGUCAGAGUUCCCCAUCAACACAGCAGAGUGUCUGCGAGUUCAAACAUGGCUGCUGCCGCCCGUCUGCUGACUGAACAUCAGCUUCUGUGCUCCGUCUGUCUGGAUGUGUUCACCGAUCCGGUCAGCACGCCGUGUGGACACAACUUCUGCAAAGCCUGCAUGUGUAAAUACGCAGAUCCUGACGUCCCGUUCCAGUGUCCCGUCUGCAUGAAGAUGUUCUACCCAAAGCCCGAGCUGCAGGUCAACACUCUGAUCUCUGAGAUGGUCGAUGCCUUCAGAUGCUCAGAGCAACGGCCAGGUAGACGGGUGGAGGUUCUCCAUGGGGAAGGCUUCAAACUGAUGGCGAUUGUCUGCAUGGUCUGCCUUUCAUUACUUUGGGACUGCAUGAAAUUCAAUCAUCCUCUGGAGGAAAUGAGUAAAGGAGAGAAACUGGUGAAGAUGGAGGCUGAAAUCCAGCAGACGAUCGAGGAGAUCCGACUGAAGAUUGAGGAGCUCAAACGCUCAGUGGAGCUCGGUAAAGAGGACGCAGACAGAGAGAUGGCAGAUGGUGCUCAGGUCUUUGCUGCUCUUAAAGAGUAUGUGGCCAAGCUCAUGGAGACCAUCAGAGAGAAGCAGAGACAAACCGAGCUACAGGCUGAAGGCUUCAUCAGACAGAUGGAGCAGGACAUCCGUGAGCUGAAGAAGAGGAAGACGGAGGUGGAGCUGCUCUCUGUCCUUCAGCUGAAGGAACCACUGUCUGAGGAGAUGAAGGAAAAACUACCCAAGAUGCUCGCCAGGUUCGAGCUGAGGCGGAUUCAGAGCUACGCAGUGGACGUGACGUUUGAUCCAGACACAGCAAAUCCUUACCUCGUCCAGUCUGAUGAUGGGAAACAAGUUCACGAUAGUGACGUGAGGCAGAAGCUUCCAGACAACCCAGAGAGAUUUUCUUACUGUAUUAAUGUUUUAGGAGAGCAGAGUUUCUCUUCAGGCAGAUUUUACUUUGAGGUUCAGGUUAAAGGAAAGACCGAGUGGACUUUAGGAGUGGCCACAGAGUCGACCAACAGGAAGGCUCAAAUCACACUGAGUCCUCGGGACGGUUUCUGGACUGUGAGGCUGAGAGAUGGAUACGAGUACAAAGCUAAGGCUGACCCUGAUGUCGCUCUCUCUCGCCGGUCUGGUCCUGAGAGGGUGGGGGUGUUUGUGGACUGUGAGGAGGGUCGGGUCUCCUUUUAUGAUGUGUCUGCUGCAGCUCACAUCUACUCCUUUACUGGCUGCUCCUUCACUCAGAAGCUCCACCCAUUCUUCAGUCCCGGUCUGAAUGAUGAUGGUAGAAACUCUGCACCGCUAAUCAUCACCGCCAUUGAUUAGACCGGCCCCACAGCACCAGAGUAAUGAGGUCAGGUUUCCUGGCCUUAUCCUAAACUACACUGUGAACUUGAAGCUCCUGUUGCUCGGUGCAUCUUCUGGUAUUCCAGUAAAAGAAUACUUGGAUUACUUGUGUUUCCUCGAGUUUCUCAAAGUAGAAUGGGAGGCAGAACCUUCAGCUGCUGUGGGAGCAGCUCCCAGUUUGGAUUCAGGGGACAGACCCCCUCUCUACUUAAGACUCAGCUUCAAACUUCUCUCUUUCCAAAACAGCUGGGACUGGAUCAGGUGACUGUGAGCCAGCCUUUAGUUUCACUGCCAUAGGCUCAGGCCGGUUUACACCAAGGCCGAGUGAAAGAUAAGCAAAGAUUAUUUUUGAUUUAUGUAAAGUUACUCUAGAAAUGCUCAGCUGAUUGGAUCAAACCAACUUUACUUCUUUUUGUCUUCUUCUUCACAUUAAAUCAAUAAUCCGACUCUUCCUGUUUAUAUCACUGAU